AAGUGGUAGUGAUAUAUGUGAUAUCCUGGAUGUGUAAAUUUUUAUGUGAAGACAGGUACUGCUCAAGAGAAGCAAAUUCUUGAAGGAUGGACAUCUCAUAUGCAUCCCCCACAAGCGAAAGCUGCAAGAGGUGUUGCUGGGCUGCCAUUUCAAAUAGGCAGAAUACUUUUUCCACUGGAUGAUGGUAGACUAGGAGAACUGCAUCUAUCAGGACUAGGCGGCGAAAAUUCAGGGCCAAAUAAUCAAGUCAAUGUCAGAAGAAAGGCGUCGAUUAAGUAUGUCUGGUCUAUAUUAGAUGCCCCCGAGACUGAAGGAUGGAAUGCAGAGUAUUGCACAGAAGAACGCGGACCUAUGAAUUGCAUCACAGGCAUAAAAGAUGAACCAAAUGAUUCAGGACUUAAAAGAAUGACAAGAAGGCGAAAGGGAAGCCAAGCACACCAUGACUAUGUAUUUCCAAGUUCAUCAGUAGGUAAGCCAGAGAACACUAUGGAAGAAUAUAGUUUACCGGAUAAUUGGAUCAACACUAACUUUCGUUUGAGAGUGAUGCAUGGAGGCAGAUCAUUUUUCCUCAUAACAGAUGGUGGUUUUACUUUUGAGUAUCUUUUUUCCGAAAAUAUAUGGCUUUGGCUGAGGCAUGACCACUCAACGCCUAUGAAAGGGGUACUGGGAAACUACAAUGGAAGCUUAUAUUUGGUUGACACUUAUGGCAGUUUGCUUAUCAGAGAAAGGAGCAGCACCGAGCUGUCGUGGAUAAAUUGUACUGCAAUGAGGAAAGGAAAGCAAGUUAUAGGAGGUCCUCCCUGGGAUGGAAUGACAGGUAAAGCCAUGAAAGUUACAGCAGAAGAUGCACUCUUCUUUGUGAGCAAAAAUGGAAGAUUACUACAAUUCACAGUUGCCCUAAGGAAGUUUAAAUGGAAAGAUUGUCGACACCCUCCACAGACAAAAGUUGCAUGCAUAGUGGAUCAGGAACUUUUCCGGGACAAUAUAGUGUUUGUUGUUGGAAGAAACGGUCGGUUAUAUCAGUACAACAAAGUGACAGGAUUGUGGCAUGAGCAUUAUCAGUCUCAGCAUUUGAUUUUAUCGGUAGUGCCUGGAACUGCUAUGAGGCCAUCAUCAGCAUCAUUAACAGGCUCCCUUUUUAUGCUUUCACAAGAUGGUGGACUAGUUGAAUAUCAUUGGAAUUCCUGGGAUGGGUGGAAUUGGGUGGAACAUGGCACCCCAGACAAAGACGUGACCCUGGUUGGCGCACCUGGCCCGUGUUUUGAAGGAAAUCAACUGUUCCUAAUUGGUUCCGAUGGAAAAGUAUACCUCAGGUACAUGGCUCAAAUGACAUGGAGAUGGAAAAACUGUGGUUUUCCAUAUAUGGGAAAAAAGAAUGCUGAUGAUCAAGGACAAGUUGAGGCCAAAUAUACAAUGGAAGAAGUUUGCCCUGACAAAGAUGAAUACAUUAGUGAUCAUAACAAAAACUGUGACCCAAGGGUAGCCGCCACAAGACCAGUUUCGUUCUCUGAAGAUUCGAUGAUUUUCGAGCUAAGAGAUGGUAGAUUGGCAGAAAUGCAACGAGCAGAGGACACAAACUGGGUAUGGUUGCGUACCAUUGCGACUCCAACAAGCGUAUGCUUUGCGAAUUAUUGGACUGCUUUGGCAUCAUGAAAUCAUACACAAUCUUUCAAUCAGGAAGCACACAUCAGAAACACAUGAAUGUACAAAAUACAAAUCUACACACACUGUACAGUUAACAAAGACAACAAUUAGGAAGGUUCAUACCUUUUAUCUGCCUCACCACGGGCAGCGGGAGGCACAAUUGAGGAGCGAAAUCAUACAGGUAAAAGAUCAGUGUCUCAACUGCUUGUAUAAUGCAAGAAUCCAAACAAAAAAGUUACAUAGAUGUAAACAGUUACCAAUCAAAAGAAGAAAUAAAAGGCAUCAUAUUGACAGAAAAAAUGGAACUUUUUAAAUUUCUGAAUUUACCCUCUUCCUGGUGAGACUGAUCCUUGAUUUUGUUAUAUGAAUGAAUGGUUUUUGACAGUGAAAGCUACACAUUGAUCAUCAGUUUUAACUUCCAUGAGGGUUUCAAACUGUCAAGCCUAAAAUAGAACCUAAUUUAUCUAAGCAUCUGGGAGGUAAAUGGGAUUAUUCCUGAGCAUUUCUUUUUUCAAGUGUAAUUUACUGUAGCUUGUUGCUUGUA